CCAAAUGUCAACGUAAACGAAACAUUUAAACGUCACCUCAUCUCCAAUUUUAUUAUUUUUUUAAUAAUAAUCUUUAAAAAAUGGGGUUUUCAUUAUGGAAUUUAUACGAGGCGACCAUUCUAUGUUUAAACGCCGUUUGCAUUUUACACGAAGAUCGAUUUUUAGCUAAAAUUGGGUGGAGCUCAAAAAGUUUAUCCGUCCCCGGAUACGGCGAUCAACCUUCAAUGAAAGCUCAAAUAUUAAAUUUAGUGCAUUCCAUUCGAACGGUAGUAAGAAUUCCGUUAAUAUUUUUCAAUGUGAUUACAAUCCUACUGGAAUUCGUCUUUUAAAUUAAACGUUAAUUAAGUGUUUUUUUUUUUUGUAGAUAAAAAUAAAUGUUUCAUUUUUGUAUCAAAAAAAUUUGUUUUUGAUAAAUUUGACCUAGUCAAGACUUUAUAUUCGUAGGUGGAUCAAUUAAAAGGUUAAUUCAUUGAGCCAAGUCCAGUUAAGUUAACAUCAUGAAGUGAAUUCAAAAGUAAAUUAUUCUAUUUGCGUUUUUGUCAUGUUUACGCCCCCUUUUUUCAAACAUGUGAUUUUCUUCAUUCAAAUUGAGAUUUAGUUAUAAAACCACAUACAAUUUAAUAGUAAUAUUGCUAGUGUUAGUUCUAGUUAUGAUUGUAUGUAACAACAUAGCGCUGAAUAACUAUUUAGAACUAACUCUAGAACUAGAAACGUUCGGGUUCAGCCGUCUUAAGAGACGCAGAGCUAAACCACAAAGGUUUCUAAUUAUGAUUAUACAGGCUGUUUCUGUAAGUUGUGGCAUAAAUUUAAACACAAAUGCGGAAAAGUGAC